UCCAUAGCGGGAGGGGGGGGGGGUGGAGGCUGCCGGAUGGAGCCCGGCUGCUGCGUGGCCAUGGGCGAAGUGUCGAAGAGAGCAUCCGGUCGGAAUGUGGCGGUGGAGAGGAGGAACCUCAUCACCGUCUGCAGGUUUUCGGUGAAGACCCUCCUCGAGAAAUACACGGCCGAGCCCAUCGAUGACUCAUCCGAGGAGUUCAUCAACUUUGCGGCCAUCCUGGAGCACAUUCUCAGCCACUGUUUUAAAGGCUCCGGUAGCUGGUUCGACGGCCAGAGGAGUUUCUGGGACUACAUUCGACUGGCUUGCGCCAAACUGCCCAACAGCUGCAUUAGCAGCAUCGAGAGUAUGGAGAACAUCAGCCCCUCGCGGGCAAAAGGGCGAGCCUGGAUCAGGGUUGCCCUUAUGGAGAAGAGGUUGUCAGAAUAUAUAGCUACGGCCUUAAGGGACACAAGAACAACAAGGCGCUUUUACGCAGAAGGAGCAAUCAUGCUAAGAGAAGAAGCCAGCGUGCUAACUGGGAUGCUCAUAGGCCUCGGAGCCAUAGACUUUAGUUUUUGUCUAAAAGGGGAAGCCUUGGACGGAAAAUCCUCCGCAGUUAUCGAUUACACACCAUAUUUGAAAUUCACACAAAGCUACGACUACGUGAGCGACGACGACGACCGGCAGAGUGUCGACAGCAGCACGAGCGAUGACAGCAUCCCCGAGCACCCUUACGUACCGCUGGUCGCGGACGAGGAGAGCUGGAGCACAAAGUGUCGCAAGAUGGAGCAGAGGUUCAAGAUUGUUCAUGCUCAGAAGGGUUACUUGGAGGAGCUGGUGCGGCUGCGAGAGUCCCAGCUGAAGAACACGGAGGCGGAGAACAAGCGACUGAAGGCCCGGCUGGAUGAGCUGCAAGGGCAAAGUCAGCAGGAGAGGAAAGAGCUGGAGACCGUCGUCCUCGAGCUUCAGGAGCAACUAACCUGUUUGAUUCCGUGCGACACUAGCCACUUGGCCAAGGACCUGACCAUCCCGUUGGUGAACCAGUGGCCUCUGCGCGAGCCGUAUGACAGUCAAGACCACGUCAAGCUCCUCCGCAGGAGGAGUUUCCCCAGCACGGAGCUGCUGUCUGUGGAGAUCAGCCUGGACUCAGACCCUCUCAGGCCCGAGGGGAAGCAGAACGGAGGCGCCUGGUGCACAGAAAAGGACUACACCCCUUCCCUGAUGGGACUUUGUGGCUCCUUGGGCUCCUUUCCAAGCUGCAAGUCCCUAUCGAGCCUCAAGUCCAGUGAGUGCCUGGUCAACAUCAGCACAGAGAACAGUCCUGCCCUCUCUCCCAGCUUGGGGCCACCAAAACCUGCACGACUGUCCGCUUUCCAGACACCCAAAGACAAUUCAGUGUGAAACAAAAGGUCAUCAUAACACAUCUUCAACUUUCAUCCAUUUUUUUUUCCCCCCGCCUGUACUUCUCUUGACUUACGCCAUUUUUUUAUGUGUUUGCGAAAGAGUAGCGGGACUUUCCAAGAAAAAAAAAAACGUCUGCGUUACUGGCAGAUGGCCUUCUUCUCGCUGACUAUUGUCAGCUUGGCCCUGUUGUCGUUUCAAUGUCACUGUUUUAUCACUCAGCGCAUCAUUUCAUCCUGACGGUUGCGUUAUCGGAGCAGACGAGUUCGUAACGGCAAGAGAAACAAACGCGCUGUUUCCUAGCUGCUCUUAAAGUUCCUGUAAAGUGAAUUUGUUUCUGGAUACAUGAUGCGUAUUUGGGGAUAAUUGCUACAAACGUGUGCUAAGACUGAGAACUAUGUAGUACUCAAUUGUGGAAGUACGGUGUUAAACAGUUUUGCAAACUUUUAGGGCUCAGUUUUAAAAUGGCACCACUUGACGCGCUUUGGAGUCUGGCCCGAGUCAUUGCUUCCUCGCUGUGUACUGUAAAAACUUUAAGCACCUUUGUUCGCAUCAGCAUGUAUCUGGCGCAGUUUGGAUGCGCAUAUAGCUAGCUAGUUGUACCCACACCCCAGAAAUGCAUCUUCCCUCCGGAUAGUGUGCUGACGUAGCCGUUUUAGAGUGCCUUGUUGGCGGCCACGACUGCAUGCACGUCACACAGAGGAUGUCGGAAGAGAGGAUGUAAUAUUUUGAUAAUAUUUUUAAAAAUCUGACUUCACAGCCAGCCUAUGCGGCCUCAUGUGGCCGCUUAGAGCGGCUGAAUUGUAGAUAAGUGAGUACCGUGAUUCCCGGCCUACAGAGCGCACCUGUUUAUAAGCCUCGGUACACAGAAAGAGUUUAACGCUAGCGCUAGCGUUAAACUAUUUCUGUGUACCGAGGCUUAUAACCAGGUGCGCUAACGCUGGCGCCGCACUAACGCUAGCGCCGCAUCACCGCAUAAACCGCAGGGUUGAAACCGUGUGGGGAAAAAAGUCGCGGUUUGUAGGCCGGAAAUUACAGUAUACAUGUAGUCGGGGAUGGCAGACGUAUGGACAGGGCCUUUGGACUGGUGUGGCCGCUUUCGAGCGAGUGCCUUGUUGUCGCGGCAUGGAUAAGCCCCACAAUUACCUGGUGGCAGCCGGAUACGCGCAAGCCACAAGUUCAUGAUUUUAAUCAUUUGAAUUUUGCACUUCUAUUCGAUGCACUCUCCAUUUUGGUUUGUCAAAUUUCCGUGACAUUUAUUUCACUUUACAGGGACUUUAAUGCUCGACUGCAGUGACGUCUAACAAAAAGAUGAUGAUACUUUCUUGCAAGUGUAGAUGUUGCCAAAUCAAAUGGUUAGAUUUUUGGGAUAGGACAUAUUAGCUUCAAGCUUAACGAGGUUCUUCGAGGCAUUACAGCGCAAACAGACAAAUGCAAAGUACAUCACGACUAUGCAGGAUGAAUGUUACCAUUGUCGUUUUCAACCAACCGUGCGCGUCGCUGAGAAACAACCCGUUUACACUCUGUCCUUAUUAUUUGACCUGUGAACUGCUCUCUGUAGAUGACCCAUUUGUUUCUUCGCAUCAGGUAGAGUUCUGUAACCUUUGCAAAGCAAGCCCUGUGCUAUAUUGUGUUAUUUAAAUGAAAUAAACCUGCAAUUUUUUUUUUUUUU